CACGCUCCAAACGGACAAACGUUCCUUGGUGGUGGUGGUCUAGAGCCGAGUCCAACGCUGGGAGACGGCCUCCGCAGGAACGCGCUCUGAACCAGGAGCGGGAGCGAGGGACCGCGCACACUCCCUGUCCCCGGGCACGCAUCAAGUCCUUGCCGGGAUCCUAAGCCCACGGUUACCAAAACAGGGGAGCUGCGGCAGGCAGCAUGCUGCAGUGCCGGCGGAACCAGCCGGGAGCACCGCCAGAGGCGCCCCGCAGCGCCUGAGCGUGGACUUUGGGGGCGGCGCCACCGAGGCCACCCACAGGGGCGGAAGUUGAUCGCGUCCUAGCAACCGCGGCGCGGUGCGCUGUGCGCGGUGAGCGGAGCAGGUGCGGGCAGGUGAGUGCGGCUGCGGCGUCGCGCCGCCUGGCGCUGGGAGCUCCGCAGCCCGCUGUCUGAUCACGAAAAGCUUCGGUUUCUCUCGCCGCCUAACUUUUCUCUCCGCCGGCUGAGCUUCGCUCGCUCGCGCCCUCUCUGCCUCGCUGAGCCCCUGUCUCCGCCGGGGUCCCGCGCCUCCGACGAGCGGCCCGUGCACCGCGUUUGGCUUGCGUUGGCUGCAAAACGCUGUUCAAGUCAGCGCUGAAAAGAAAUAUAUUUAAAUCCAAAAAUUGUGAAGAAAGAUAUAAAGCUUCUAAAACGUUUCUCAGGAAAAGGAGAACAAACAGUUUUGGAAUCUAUUGAAUACGCUUCAGAUUAUGAAUUUUCAGAUGGAUGUCGAGCUCCACCUUGGAGACGGAUUUAUGGGGAAAUGUGUUAUGUGCUGGUGAAGCCACAUGGUGUGGAAAGUUGGUGCAUUACUUGUAGUGCAGAAGGAGUAUUUUUAAAUGGUGGCAAAACAGAUGCUGGAGAUGAAAUUAAUUAUGAGAGAAAAAGUGCAAUUUACAAGGACAUUGUCACAUUUUUAAGAGAAAAAUCAGUAAUAUUUUCAGAAAAUAUGUCUAAACAUGCAACCAAAUUUAAAGAACAACAACAAAUGGAAAAAGAUCAGCAUGAUAAGGCUCUUAAGAAGGAAGAAACAGCCACCUUCCAUAAAACUGCAUCUGGUUCAGGAAAGAGUACACUGGAGAAGAACCAAAUUAAUUUUGUGAAAAAUCAAAUGACCAGGAGAUUAGAGCCAAGCUUAAACUGGAAGACAACCCUUGAUUUCAAAUCUCACAGAAGUUCAGUAAAAGACAGCCAACAGGAAAAACAUGGCGGAAAAUUUGAAAAGGUGAGGUCAUCCGCUUCCCAUGGAAGAGCCCAGUUAAGCAGUAAAAGUGCUGAUAAAAUUGAGGAGAUUUCCAGUGAGAACUCCUCGGAGAGUGAGGAGGAUGAAGAGCCUGCUGACCACCGUCAGGAGGUGAACGUGGAUCUGCCAUCCGAGUACUGGCAAAUUCAGAAGCUGGUGAAAUAUCUGAAGGGAGGAAAUCAGACAGCUACAGUGAUUGUGUUGUGUUUGAUGAAGGAUUUCAACCUAGUCCAUGAGACCUGUCAGCUGGCAAUCAGAGAUGUGGGAGGCCUUGAAGUUUUAAUAAAUUUACUUGACACCAAUGAAAUCAAGUGUAAGAUUGGGUCAUUAAAAAUCCUGAAGGAAAUCAGUCACAAUCCUCAAAUCAGACGUAACAUUGUUGACCUCAGGGGCUUACCUGUCAUAGUUAAUAUACUUGAUUCUCCGUACAAGAUUCUGAAGUGUUUGGCUGCAGAAACUAUUGCGAAUGUUGCCAAGUUCAGACGAGCCCGGCAGGCAGUGAGACAGCACGGGGGCAUCACCAGGCUGGUGGCUCUCCUGGACUACACACAGCACGCCUCACAGCCUGCCUACUCCAGCCUGUACGAGACCACAGACGUGGAAGUGGCUCGCUGCGGGGCGCUGGCACUGUGGAGCUGCAGUAAGAGUUAUGCCAAUAAAGAAGCCAUCCGUAAAGCCGGGGGCAUCCCUCUGUUGGCUCAGCUGCUGAAGACUUCUCACGAAAACACGCUCAUUCCCGUGGUGGGCACACUGCAAGAAUGUGCAUCAGAGGAAAACUACCGAGCUGCAAUCAAAGCAGAAAGGAUCAUCGAAAGUCUGGUAAAGAACCUAAGCAGUGAGAAUGAGCAGCUGCAGGAGCACUGCGCCAUGGCCAUUUACCAGUGCGCCGAAGACGAGGAAACGCGGGACCUGGUCAGGCUGCACGGAGGCCUGAAGCCCCUGGCGAGCCUGCUCAACAACACCGACAACAAGGAACGGCUGGCCGCCGUCACGGGGGCCAUAUGGAAGUGCUCCAUCAGCAGGGAGAACGUGAGCAAGUUUCGGGAAUACCAAGCCAUUGAAACUUUGGUGGGACUUUUAACAGAUCAGCCUGAAGAAGUACUUAUUAAUGUGGUUGGGGCCAUAGGAGAAUGCUGCCAAGAUUAUGAAAACCGAGUCAUUGUCCGGAAGUGUGGUGGCAUUCAACACCUGGUGAACCUCCUCGUUGGAAUAAACCAAGCUCUUCUGGUGAACGUCACAAAAGCAGUUGGUGCCUGUGCGGUAGAACCGGAAAGCAUGGUAAUAAUUGAUCGUUUAGAUGGAGUUCGUUUGUUGUGGUCCCUGCUGAAAAAUCCUCAUUCAGAUGUGAAAGCCAGUGCAGCAUGGGCCCUUUGUCCUUGCAUCAAAAAUGCUAAGGAUGCUGGAGAAAUGGUUCGUUCCUUUGUUGGUGGUUUGGAACUUGUUGUUAAUUUACUGAAAUCAGAUAACAAAGAAGUUUUGGCAAGUAUAUGUGCUGUCAUUACCAAUAUAGCAAAAGAUCAAGAAAAUUUAGCUGUUAUUACAGAUCAUGGAGUUGUCCCUUUACUGUCCAAGCUGACAAACACAAAUAACGAGAAAUUGAGGCGUCAUCUGGCAGAAGCUAUUUCCCAUUGCUGUAUGUGGGGCAGGAACAAAGUGACCUUCGGUGAGCACAAAGCAGUGGCUCCACUGGUGCGCUACCUGAAAUCGAGCGACACCAGUGUGCAUCGCGCAACAGCGCAGGCCUUGUACCAGCUCUCAGAAGAUGCCAACAACUGCAUCACGAUGCAUGAGAAUGGCGCAGUAAAGCUUCUACUGGAUAUGGUUGGGUCCCCUGAUCAGGACCUCCAGGAAGCCGCAGCUGGUUGCAUAUCCAACAUCCGAAGGCUGGCUCUUGCCACCGAAAAGGCAAGAUACACUUGAAGUUUAACAGACAUUGCAAGCUACUGAAUUUUACAUAAAGCAGAGCACGUUACUCCCAUAUCCAGGAAAACUUUUAUUAGCAAACCCCUUAAACUGUCUAAAUGAAAAUGCAAAGGAUGCUUUUCAACUAAACAUUGCAUGGAUAUUUUUAUCCUAUUUAAGUUUUAGGGAUCAGCCAUGUGGUGAACUGCUUUGUAAUAAUUUCCCAAGAAUGUAUGUAUACAUUAUAUGUGUGUUCUGGUGAUGCUUCUGCAUUUAUGGUGAUGUUAAUAAAGGACACAGCCUUCCCAUCA